AUGGACAACAUAAAAAUUUUGGAUGGACAGUGGCAUGUGCGAAAUGGGAAAAGAUGGAACAUGAGAUCAAAUUUCGUAUUCGAUAUUUUAUAUGAAGUGGCUCAUCCACAAGACUCCAUUUAUGUGGUAGAGGUGACAACGGACAGUGGCCAGAAGGGAGAGGCUUUCUUCAAAGCUGGAGACUUGCAUAAUCCAAAAGAUUUCCAAACCUCCCUUAACCGCACUUUUAAAGUUGGAACCCUGCUGUGCCAUUUUAAGCAAGUGGAGUUACUGCAGUUGGUGGCACAAAUGGCAUCAGAGGCCAGAAGACGAGCAGAGGCAGUGACAUAUAGGAGAAGAAUGGUGCUAAAUGCGGGGAAACAAGAAGGAACAUCCAUCAUAUUCCUUAGUCCAAAUCAGAUUAUGGACAUUUCAACUGGUGCCAUGGUAAUUACUGAGCAAAGAAAGGCUAAAAUUAAUCCAUCCCAUGGAUUGCCCAUUCAUGUGGCUGAAGGGCGAAAUUGUGAACCUGAGAGGACCCAAGAUGGAUCUAGUGCAUGA